AUGGUUGCAACAUUAGCAGAAACGACCUCUUCAAUAUUUCUGAGUAAACUUCGAGAUGAAAUGUUACGUGAUACAAAAGGUCGUCAAAUAUUACGAGAACGUCCAAUUGUAAAUUCUAAAACUAUUGAUAUUCCAUAUUUGAGAACAUUGCCUGAAGGAACCUUUGGUAAAGAGUAUGUAAAUUUUUUAGACGGAGAAAUGGUUACACCCGAUACUAGAGUGAAGGUAAAAUAUAUCGAAGACGAAGAGCUCGCUUAUGUUAUGCAACGUUAUCGAGAAUGCCAUGAUUUUUAUCAUACUUUAACCAAAUUACCUGUAAGCGUUGAAGGAGAACUUGCACUCAAAUGGUUCGAAUUUGCGCAAACAAAAUUACCAAUGACUUUAUUAAGUUCAGUGUUUGGGCCCCUUAGAUUAUCAAGUGAAGAAAGAACUAGAUUAUUUGAAAAGUAUGUUCCAUGGGCUAUUCAAUGUGGAUCACAAAGCAAAUUGCUUAUGAAUAUUUAUUUUGAGGAAUGUUGGAAUAAGGAUGUUACUGAGAUGAGGAAAGAAUUAGGAAUCUAUCUCGUUAAAUAA